UUUUGUAAUAAUUUUUAUUUACCCUGAAAAGAAACUAAAUUAAAAAGCGGCUGUGAUUAGAUCGCUAGUUCAGAACUGUUAUUUGUGCUUGUAUUAUAUAUAUGCUUCUAUUAUAACGUCAGUGAUAACACGAAGAACAGACAUUGAAGACGUUUUGAUAACUAGCUCAAUCGUUCAUGUCAGAUGCGUUCAAAUGAUAGUCAGCAGUCGAGGGGAUAAGUAGUCUUCUCGCUGCACAGGAUAACUUCAAAACAAAUCAGUUAAAGUGCAAGAGAUAUUUGAUACCAUGAACGGUUAAUACACGCGCAUCUGAUAAAGAUUCUAGUCUUUAUACUUCCAUUUUAUUACCCCUGCUUGAUCAGAAUAGUUUUGUUCUGAUAGUGUUAAAGAGAGACUUUGAAAAUGUUCAGUGAAUCAUAUGAGCGGAGGCUGCUACAGCAGUGCAGUCCAGUGAGCCGGAAACAGUCUGUGCUGGUCCGACCCGAGCCUAUGGACAGAUUUAUACCCUGCAGGCUAGAAAAUAACUGGCAGACCAGUUUUCAAGCUAUCCGCCGCGGAACAGAAAACCAACCAGCAAAGAAACCACGCAGUGACGGUAGUAAUGACGGUGCUGGCGGAGGUCGAGACCACCUAGCAUAUGGAUGUCUACUCCGCAAUGAACUCCUAGGCGCUCAAAUAGAAGAACUCAGAGGUCCUCCAACAAACUGUGCGGAGGGUAACAGAGCUGCUCUUGGCGCUGUGCAGCUAGCAUCAGCUGCGAGGGCGGCCUUAGCAUACUCUCCGCCAGUUUUUAGGUUUCGAGCACCAAAACAUAGCGCUGAGGAGAAUAUAGACCCGUCACCUUACAGUCUUUCGCCUGUGUCAGCCAAGUCACAAAAGCUACUGCGAUCGCCACGUAAAGCUACAAGAAAGAUUUCAAGGAUCCCUUUCAAGGUGCUAGACGCUCCAGAGUUGCAAGACGACUUCUACCUGAACCUGGUGGACUGGUCCGCGCAAAACGUGCUCAGCGUGGGACUCGGGAGCUGCGUAUAUCUGUGGAGCGCAUGCACUAGCCAGGUGACACGGCUCUGUGAUCUGUCGUCGGAGGGUAACGCUGUGACUUCUGUAGCGUGGAGUGAGCGUGGUCACCUAGUGGCCGUUGGCACACAGAAGGGGCACAUCAGCGUAUGGGAUGUCGCUGUUAAUAAGGAGGUAACGAAACUACAAGGGCACAUAGCCCGAGUCGGCGCUCUGGCUUGGAACGGCGACAUACUAAGUUCCGGUUCAAGGGACCGUCACAUACGGCAACGCGAUACUAGAACACCAGCGGUACAAUCAUCACGCAUUCUUCAAGGUCAUAGACAAGAAGUGUGUGGUCUGAAAUGGUCGCCCGACGGACAGUCUCUCGCGUCCGGGGGAAACGACAACAAACUGUUCGUGUGGUCUAUGCACUCAACAUCACCGGUGCAGACGUACUCGGCGCACGUCGCAGCGGUGAAGGCGAUCGCGUGGUCGCCGCACCAGCACGGGCUACUCGCGUCCGGUGGAGGCACCGCCGACCGCUGCAUCCGUUUCUGGAACACGCUCACCUCGCAGCCAAUGCAGUGCGUCGACACCGGAUCCCAAGUAUGCAACCUGGCAUGGUCCAAACAUUCCAGCGAGCUAGUGUCCACGCACGGCUAUUCACAAAACCAGAUACUAGUGUGGAAAUAUCCGUCGCUCACACAAGUGGCAAAGCUAACGGGGCAUUCCUACAGAGUGCUGUACCUGGCUCUAUCACCGGACGGCGAGGCAAUAGUGACAGGUGCUGGCGACGAAACGCUCAGAUUUUGGAACGUAUUCUCCAAAACUCCUUCACACAAGGAGAAUAAGAGCGUUCUGAGCCUCUACACAGCUUUGAGAUAAAAAGUUUAACGUAACUAGUGAAUGUGACAAUAUUUAGUGUGGUGAUACCUUUGCUGCUCUAACGAAUUCGUUCGGUGUUGCCAUUAUGAAAAAUAUAUAGACAAUUUGAUAGUUUUUUUCUCGUGAUCGGGUAAUUUAUGUGUGGUUACUAAUAUUUGGUAUAUUUAGUUUUGGUGGAGAUUGCCGUGUACAUAAAAUUAGUGGGACACAUAGACAUAUUUAUUAUUUCCGUCAGGAAUAUUUUUUUUUUUGUUUAUAUAUAUUAUGAUUUAUGAGCUAGUUGAUAAAGUAUUUUAGUUUAGGCCUGUUUACACGUGGCCGUCCAUCGCUACCUUUUAUUAUAAAUGGUCGAUUGUCAUUGUAUUUCUUCGGCUAACGACCGUCUUUACUUACAUUUAAUUGUCGCCCACCUAUUUUCUUUAUUUCACUUUAGUAAAAGAACGAUUUCGUACAUUUUCAUCUCUCGUAGAGAAUGAAAACGCGUCUUUUAACUCUCGUUCUGCGACCAUGUGUAAAUUGGGCCUUAGAAGUUAUAAUCAAAAGAAUUACACCCGUUUAAAGUAAUAAAGAUUUCUUCAUUUAAUGAAUACAUAUAACAUGCUGUAAGUCGAAACAAGCUGGCUUAAUUUGCUUUUUGCUUCUUAAUUGUCAUUCCUACAGCAUUUUAUACAUUAUAUAAAAAAUGUAUGUUUGUAAUUAUACAGAUGCAAAUAUACCGUUCGUGAUACAUAUAAGAAUAUGGUCACGUACAUAAUAAUAAAUUAUGUUAAAUCAUAUUUUUAUAGUAAUGUACAUUUGUUUGUGUAUGCAAUAUUAUGUGUUAUGUAUAUUUAUUUCGUAGAUGUUUAUAGGCCACUGUGUUUACAUUUGUAUUUUCAUGUACUGUAUAUCAUCAAUAUCAUAAACCAAUUACCAGUCCACUACAGGACACGGGUCUCCUCUCAGAAAGAGAAGGGCUCAGGCCGUAGUCUACCACGCUGGCUGAAUGCUGAUUGGUAUAAUGCACAUAACUUUUAGAACGUUAUGGAGUACUCUCAGACAUUUCAGUUCUCUCCACUGUUACUUUCCCGUUAAAGCAAGUGACAUUUAAUUGCUUUUAAUGCACUUCGAAUUCGAGGACCAAACUCGGUCGCCCCAGGGUCUGUAAAUUCCUAAUGUAUGACACACUUGUGAAACAGUUAUAUUUCAUCACAGUGUACAAACGUUUUCAUAAGGACAUAAGAGACAAUAAGUGACCUAAUCAGUACAUAAGGGUAUAUUAAAUAUAAAAAUAUAUAAAUGUGAACAUGGUACCUUUUGGUAGUUUUAUAAAUUACGUUGUUGGUAACAUUUUCUUUAUACUAUUAGGUGUUGCUAAACUUGUAAUGUUAAAACGAAUUAAAACGUCAAAAUCCAAGUAUUGCAAGUAUAGUAACGUCUUUAUAUAUUUAAAUUUUGUGUACUUAUUUAUGUAAAUAUACUUUUGACUAGUUCUUUUCUAUGAAUUUUCGAUUAUGACCUAUCAGUUUACUAUGAUUUUGAUACUUUUUCUUUUUCAAAUACUUAAAUUCGUUGCUUUAUAAAACAACGUGCUCUCGGAGAAGCAUGAUAACUUUAUAUCCUUAAAAAUCAAUAAUAAUAAAAUGUUACGUGCUUCUUAUAUCUACUGCUGCACGACAUCUGUCUAUAUUAUUAUUUAGCGAAAAUUAUUAACUUAAAUUAAUGGAUAAUAAUUAACUAUUUUCCAAGUUAAUUGAUUUUAUGCAUUUCCAAUUUCCUUGCCCAUUUCAAAGUGUUUAGUAAUAAUAGUAGGAUUAUAUAGUGAUUUCGUAUGUAUUUUCUACCAUUGGCAUUUAUUAAUAGUAGUAAAUAAAUUGCGCUCAAAGCAAGGAGGUCGGAAUAGAAUGCAACAUUAGUAUAAACUCUAGUUAUAUAUAUAUAUAUAUAUAUAU